UCGUCUUCCUUGGCCCCUCACUCUCCGCGUCUUGGGGAGCUUUGUCGCGUGACUUGGCCCAAUGCGCCGCCUUUCUCUCCCUAACACAUACUCUGGACAUAGUUUUAAGCUCGGCCAUUCAUCAACACUGAGCGCCGCCCUGCACAAACGGUUAUAGCGGUUUCAGCGAUUGAGCUUCGGCCAUGACGGACGACAAUACAGCGUCGUCCGCCGCCGGGAGACCCGCUACCGGGACAAGCUCCAGCUUCAGUGCCCCGCCUCCCGGUCAUGGACUCCGCCGUGCCAUGACCGUCUCGGUCGCUGAGGAUGCUGCCUCUCGACGUCAACAUAUGUCACCGCCUGGUUUCGACACGAUACCGCCACGCCGCAGUUCAAACUUUUCAGAGUAUAGUCUCAGCGAAGCUCGAGAUCUCCUGAAUCCCCAGCUUCGAGACCCCAGCAGCACUGAGUCUUCUCCUGGAGAAACAUCUUCUCUAGCGUCGUUGUCAUUGGCUUUUGCUCUUCUUCCAGCUAUAUCUGGUGUUCUAUUCAAGAACGGGAACGCUGUAGUAACGGAUGUUAUGUUAUUGGGCUUGGCUGGCGUUUUCCUUCACUGGUCUGUGACACAGCCAUGGGCAUGGUAUCAUUCAGCGCAGGAGGUACGGAUACAGCACGAGUCAACAACCGAUAGUGUUAUCGACGAUGAUAGCGACCUCGACUCGAGCACCCACAUGCCAGCGCCUCACUCGCCGCUUGAUCACGUACCGGAAUACCAAGAAGUUCAGACCGAACCGACUGAGGAAUUGCAGGAUACGAAACCAUCAAACCAGCAGCAGGAAGCUCUUGCGGAACUAUACUAUUACGAAAUAAUCGCCCUAGCCUCGUGUUUCAUUCUUCCACUCCUCGGCGCAUACCUCUUACACGCCAUCCGAUCACAGCUCAGUCGCCCCUCCGAGGGUCUCGUUUCCAACUAUAACUUAACAAUCUUCCUUCUCGUAGCCGAGCUUCGGGUUCUGUCCCACAUGAUAAAGCUGGUUCAGUCGAGGACGCUUCACUUACAACGGGUAGUACAAGGAGGACCAUCCAGAUUCCAGAAAAGUAGUGAGAAUUCGGGACAAUUGGAAUCCGUACUCGCGCGGCUGGAACGACUCGAGUCACGUUUCGCAGCAGAAGAAACCAUGUCUGUCCAAGAAACAAAGCAGGAGAUUAGCAAAGCAAAGCAGAAGGACAGCGUUGUGGCACGCGAUGUGCGUAACGCAAUUCAACCGGAAUUGGACGCGCUAAAUAGGGCUGUUCGUCGUUACGAGAAGAAGGCGACGCUUCUCCAAUUUCAGACAGAGUCGCGCUUCUCAGGGGUCGAUGCAAGACUGGAUGAUGCUAUCGCCCUUGCUGCGAGUGCUGCGAAGAAUAGUGCAUCACAUAAGAACAUGUUUAUGUGGACGGUGGAAUCACUCACCGUCAUUAUCCUUCUCCCGUUCAAAACGCUGCUAAGAAUCAUGCUUUUACCUCUGAGCACACUGUUAGCGCUCACGAGUAAGAGCAAAAAGAAGAGUCCUCCUUCAUCAAAGAUGUCGCGCAGCAGUAGGAACGGGAAGGCGUCUGUGCAACCGAGAUAUAACGGUGAUAGAGUUCCAUCCAGAGUUGCCAAGCGAUAAUGGAGCGUUGCGAUUACGCAUUGUGUAAUAGGCUUUAAUGAUAUUCUUU